GAUUACGGAACGUAGGCUGACGUCAGUAACUUGAUUAUUUUUUGUAUGAUUGUGGUUCGAACUGAGAUAUCGUAAUUUAAAAAUUUGUACACAAACAAAGUUGUGCCAGAGACGGUGUGAUAGACACGCGUAUAAUAAAAAUGUCUUCAUCCUCCGAAAUUAAAAAUGCGGAGAGCGAAAAAGCCGAAGUUUCUUCAAAUUUUUUAAGUGAAUUACUAAGUCCGGUAAACUUGCUCUUGACUGUUAUCAUAAUUGUGUUAGUGUACAAAAUUUUUAGGAGCAAGUUUGGUAAAUCGUCUGCAGUGGUUCCUAUGCCCGAGUUACAAAAAAUUCGAAAAGAUAUGACUGUUGCCGAAUUACGUCAAUAUGAUGGUACUCAGCCGGAUGGUAGAGUUUUAGUAGCGGUAAAUGGAUGGAUUUUUGAUGUCACGCGAGGACGCCGCUUCUAUGGGCCCGGUGGUCCUUAUUCAGCAUUUGGUGGAAAAGAUGCAACGCGAGGCUUCGCCACUUUUUCCGUCACAUCAUCAGAUAAGGAAUAUGACGACUUAAGUGAUCUCAACUCGAUGCAAAUGGAAUCUAUCAAAGAAUGGGAGGCGCAGUUCCGAGAAAAAUACGACCUCGUCGGACGGUUGCUGAAACCGGGAGAGGAACCCACGAACUAUUCGGACGAAGAAACGGAAGAAGCUGAAAUAUCGACAAACAACCCCCUAGAUAAAAAGGAACAAUAAUCAGCAUGCUUGACGAAAAUCAUUCAUUACAUUGGCCGGUGUGUCAAAAAGUUAGGUCGAAAGAUAGGUAAAAAUAUAAAUUGCUUUUCAUCCAUUUUUGAGCAUAGUUAUGAGCCUUUUGUGUUGCUUAAUUGUCUUUUAAUAAAGUGUAUUUAUUUUAAUCUUGCCUCCCCUGUUACUUCAAUUUC